UUCCUCCAGCCCCCGACUCCCCCCCUCCCCCUCCCCCUCCAGAGUAUGUAUUCAAACCCCCCCAGCGGCCCGACUUUGGCACCAUGGGCCGGCCGAUUAAGUUGCAAGCCAACUUCUUUGAGAUGGAGAUUCCCAAGCUGGAGGUGUACCAUUACGACAUCGACAUCAAGCCCGAGAAAUGCCCUCGAAGAGUCAAUCGUGAAAUUGUGGCACACAUGGUCCAGCACUUUAAAACACAGAUCUUUGGAGAUCGGAAGCCAGUCUAUGAUGGAAGAAAGAACCUCUACACAGCUAUGCCAUUGCCCAUAGGGAGGGACAAAGUGGAGCUAGAGGUGACCAUCCCUGGGGAGGGAAAGGACAGGAGCUUCAAGGUGGCCAUAAAGUGGGUGUCGUGUGUCAACUUGCAAUCCCUCCACGAAGCACUGGCUGGACGCCUGCCAAAUAUCCCCUUUGAGACGAUCCAGGCCCUGGAUGUGGUCAUGAGACAUUUGCCCUCAAUGAAUUAUACCCCCGUCGGGCGCUCGUUCUUCACCUCCUCAGAGGGCUGCUCCAACCCCCUUGGUGGCGGGAGAGAGGUCUGGUUCGGCUUCCACCAGUCGGUCAGACCCUCCUUGUGGAAGAUGAUGCUAAAUAUUGAUGUUUCUGCCACUGCCUUCUACAAAGCCCAGCCUGUGAUCGAGUUCAUGUGUGAAGUUUUGGAUUUCAAAAGCAUUGAAGAACAACAAAAGCCCUUAACUGACUCCCAGAGAGUUAAGUUUACUAAGGAAAUCAAAGGCCUGAAGGUUGAGAUCACUCACUGUGGACAGAUGAAGAGGAAGUACAGAGUAUGUAAUGUGACGAGAAGACCCGCCAGCCAUCAGACAUUCCCUCUACAGCAGGAGAAUGGACAGACCAUUGAAUGUACUGUAGCUCAGUACUUCAAAGACAAAUAUAAACUGGUGCUGAGGUACCCUCAUCUGCCAUGUCUACAGGUGGGACAGGAGCAGAAGCACACAUACCUUCCUCUUGAGGUGUGUAACAUAGUGCAAGGGCAGAGGUGCAUAAAGAAGCUGACGGACAAUCAGACCUCCACUAUGAUCCGCGCCACUGCCAGGUCUGCGCCUGACCGCCAGGACGAGAUCAGCAAGCUGAUGAGAAGUGCCAACUUUAACAAUGAUCCUUACGUUCGUGAGUUCGGGGUCAUGGUGAGAGACGAAAUGACCGAGGUCAACGGCCGCGUCCUCCAAGCACCAUCGAUCCUCUAUGGUGGACGGGUAUGUAAUAAAGCAAUAGCGACCCCGAUCCAGGGCGUGUGGGACAUGAGGAACAAGCAGUUCCACACGGGAAUCGAGAUCAAGGUGUGGGCCAUCGCCUGCUUCGCUCCGCAGAGGCAGUGCACCGAGCUGCUCCUCAAGGCGUUUACAGACCAGCUGCGUAAGAUCUCUCGAGAUGCUGGCAUGCCCAUCCAGGGCCAGCCCUGCUUCUGCAAGUACGCCCAGGGAGCCGACAGCGUGGAGCCCAUGUUCAAGCACCUCAAGUACACCUAUCAGGGCCUGCAGCUGGUGGUGGUCAUUCUGCCUGGCAAGACGCCAGUCUAUGCUGAGGUGAAGCGUGUGGGGGAUACAGUGUUGGGCAUGGCCACCCAGUGUGUGCAGGUGAAGAAUGUUCUGAAGACCACACCGCAGACCCUCUCCAACCUCUGCCUGAAGAUCAACGUCAAGUUAGGAGGAGUCAACAACAUCCUGCUCCCGCAGGGCAGGCCACUGGUAUUCCAGCAGCCUGUUAUCUUUCUGGGGGCUGAUGUCACACACCCCCCUGCUGGAGAUGGGAAGAAGCCCUCUAUUGCUGCGGUGGUGGGCAGCAUGGACGCCCACCCCAGCCGCUACUGUGCCACGGUGCGCGUGCAGCAGCACCGCCAGGACAUCAUCCAGGACCUGGCCGCCAUGGUGCGCGAGCUGCUCAUCCAGUUCUACAAAUCCACACGCUUCAAGCCCACCCGCAUCAUCUACUACCGAGACGGCAUCUCUGAAGGCCAGUUUAACCAGAUGAACGGUGCUUGUUCACAGGUGCUCCAACAUGAGCUGCUAGCCAUCCGCGAGGCCUGCAUCAAGCUGGAGAAGGACUAUCAGCCGGGCAUCACCUUUGUGGUGGUGCAGAAGAGGCACCACACCAGGCUCUUCUGCACGGACAGGAACGAGAGGGUGGGAAAAAGUGGCAACAUACCUGCUGGCACCACAGUGGACACCAAAAUCACUCACCCAUCAGAGUUUGACUUCUACCUCUGCAGCCAUGCGGGCAUUCAGGGCACCAGUCGGCCCUCGCACUACCACGUGCUGUGGGAUGACAACCACUUCACGUCUGACGAGCUGCAGGUGCUCACCUACCAGCUGUGCCACACCUACGUGCGCUGCACCCGCUCCGUCUCCAUCCCCGCGCCAGCCUACUACGCUCACCUGGUGGCGUUCCGCGCUCGAUACCAUCUGGUGGACAAGGAGCACGACAGUGCGGAGGGCAGCCAUACAUCAGGCCAGAGUAAUGGACGGGACCAAUCGGCCCUGGCCAAGGCGGUACAGAUCCACCAGGACACCCUGCGCACCAUGUACUUUGCCUGAGUGCCAGCUAAAGUGUGCGGAUCAGCCAUCGCACUUAGGGCAGCAGCAGCAGCAGCACAUCAGGAAGCAGUGGAAGGUGGAUCCAGAAAGACCCAGAUCUCUCUCCCCCUGGCCGCACUGUGGACUUCAUCAGAACAGGUUACACAGUGCCAUGUCUGAGACCCCCACAUGGACAAGCAAACAAAACAGUACAACUUCCCUGUUACGCUCCCCAAAAGGCCACAACAUGUAUUCCAAAAACCCAAACAAACUCGUAGCAUCUGACGGAUGUGAUCUAGGGGCACGUAAAGAAGGGGUCCUCGCUAAAUUGUGCGUGUCUGUGUGUGUGCGCGUGUUUUUUUUGUUUUUUUUUAUAUAUAUAUAUGUGUAUUGUAAAUGUUUUAUAUUUGUACAUGUAGGGGCUAACUUGUUUACAUAGGAGAACAAUCCUAUCCAGAAUUCCUUUUACACUGACAACUGUGUCUAGUAUCUUGGGUGGACCGGGGUGGGGGUGGGGUUAACCUUGACUUGAUUGUAACCGUUGGCGACCCAGUCCUUACGUGUGCAGUGCAUUCACAGACGACUAAAGGGGCAUGAACUUGAAAGGGCAUAAACUAUGAAGCUAUGCUGUGGGGAAGUCGGUUAGGUCCUCCCUGCUUCCCGUUUAGAAAAUGACUUUAACCAGCAAUGUGCCCCUGAGGAGAAGGGCGACCGGCGCAUGCCAUAAGUACUUAAUCUCUCUGUGUGUGUGUGUGUGUGUGUGUGUGUGUUUCAUCAAUUAGUUUCAUUUGACAGCCUGUUUAGACCUACUGUAUUAGCCCCUCAGGUGAGGUGACCAAAAACAGGCAUUUUUUUUUGCCAGACUGAAUACUACAUAUUUCAUCUGAUGAAAUGGUGGUGGACUGCUAAGCUAUGAAUCGAAAAAAGGCAAGGAAAACUUUAACGUGUACAAAUCAAGACUUUGGCUCUCUACAGAGCUUGAGGAGGACAAAUCAGAAAUGAUUGUGGUUAAAUUAAACGAAAAGGAUCUGGCCUCCAUUCGUCUCUUACCCUCACCACCCCCCCCACCCCCACUUUGGAUUUGUUUGUACAAUCAGGAAGUGGCCCUCCCUUGAGGGAGGCUUUGAACUGCUUACGUGGGACUGGAUCCCUGUUCUUAUAGCGAUGGUGCUCUGAGCCAAGAUAAUCACAGAGAUGAUUCUGCCCUUUUAUUGAUGAUAUGUCACAAUUUCUUUUUUUUUUUUUAUUAUACUCCCCCCCCCCCCCUCCUAUAUACACAUAUAUAUGAGCACAUUUGACCUGAAUUUUAUCUUUCAAUCUCGUAGUGCAGCAUUUGGAUAAUCUGGGCGUUUGACCUUAAUCUUAUGUUUUUGUUUGCAUUUUAAAUACACUAGAUUCCUACAGCAAAUUGGCCAGUCCUUAAGAAUAAUUCACAUGGUGAGCGUGUAGUCCUAUUGGUAUGCUCUGCUGUUGGCAUAGAAUUGUAUGCAGUCCAGUCCAAUCAUGCCUGAUUUAUCAGAGGAGUGCAUCUCUAGCUUCAUGAUUUCCAUGUUUAUCAAGUUUCUUGUUUUUGGGUUGACUGGACUCGUAUGACUCCAGCCCAGCACAUAUGAAAUGCAGGACGCUGGUACCAACAGGCCCCGCUAGCCAGCUCACAUCAAGCUUAUGGAACUAGCAGACGGUGCUAGAGGCACCACUUGCGUGUACUUGCAAAGAAACUGUGCUUGGUCUUGAAUUGGCGUAAUACUCGUCAUCACUGUGCUUAGAUUGGGUGCCAAGACCCUGAACAUCAUGCCACUGUCUCUGUUUCAGUGUUGUUUUAGCAUUUGUGUUCCUCUCGCUUUAAGAAGGGGCGACAAAAGAUUGAUAUUUACUUUGCCCCCAAGUAGAAUGAGUAUCGUCUACGGCUAGGGUCUGGAGUUUUAGUCUUUUUAUUUUGUAGAUCGAAGUAAAUCGACUGGUCCACAUUUACAUUAAGCUUGUCCUCUAUUGAUCGUGCAAGCUUGAAUGCCUUUUUAAAGAAAGUAAAAAAAAAAAACGUA